AUGACGAGUAGGAAUAACACGUCUGUUCCUCUUGCUGAAGUGUUGCGUCAAGAGCGUAAGAAACUGACACUCUUCCGUCGUCCUUUAAGUGUUUUCUAUCACUUUGGGAUUGUAUUCUUUCGCUUUUGCAAGUGGUUAGCACUGAAAAUACAGCGUAAUGCAGCCACACGAUUUGUUGUGCUGCCAUUGUUGCUACUGUGGCUCGUAGCUUCAAGUCGUGAUGGUCCACACCAUCAACUGCUAGACGAGUUUAAUAAUAACAUCAAGUUUGUCGUCUGGUGGGUGGGAUUGGGUGUUCUCUCAAGUGUGGGACUGGGUACAGGCAUGCAUUCGGGUAUUCUCUUUCUCUUUCCUCAUAUUUUCCUAGUGGUGCAAGGGGCAGAAGAAUGUAAAUCACUGGAUUUUGAUAGUCGCCACCACAUGUGGUUCCAUCCAUUCGAGGCAAAUUGUAACGACGUAUCGGAAGUCUCUACGGUCACGUUCGCCGCCAUCUUUUCGAAGGUUUUUCUUCCUUGUAUUCUCUGGGGAGCAGGUACUGCAGCUGGAGAGAUUCCACCCUAUGCACUUAGUCGUGCUGCCAAGCUCGCUGGUCAACGCAAUGAAGAGUUUGAGGAGAUUGCUGAGUCCAAGUCUCAGUACAAUCUUAUGAACAGUAUGAAAAACUGGAUGAUUCGUUUCUUGGAAAAGCACGGUUUUUGGGGCGUCUUGCUCAUGUCAGCGUGGCCUAACAUGGCUUUUGAUCUGUGUGGUAUCUGUUGCGGACACUUCCUCAUGCCUUUUUGGACAUUCUUUGGCGCCACGCUUAUUGGCAAGGCUCUCAUCAAGGCCAACAUGCAAGCUGCGUUCUUCAUCACUAUCUUCACGGACGCACAUCUCACGCGAGUGGAGGCGCUUAUUGGGCGUAUUACACCCAAACAGUGGGGGCUUGGCUCUCGUGUUAGUGAGUUUCUACUGGAAUGUCGUGAGAAGUUUCAUUCGGCCCAGGUCACGGCAGCUGCGGAGCAUGCAGGCACGGCUGCAACUUCUGGUAGUAGUCUGGUUUCCCAACUUGGCUCAUGGAUCAUGGUGGCAUUCAUUGGCUACUUUGCCAUUUCGUGCAUAGAGCAGUUUGCUCAGCAGCACGCAGCCGAGGAGGACGAGAAGCUGCUUCAGAAACAUAAGUGA